GCGAAAAAGAAAGAGAGCUAAGGAGAGACAGAGAGCAUACGAAAGUAGAAGGAGACAGAGCACCGGUGGGUUACCACACCCAACCGCGCCGGGGACCGAGUGAACAAGUGAACGAGCCGUACGAGAGCUCUCUCGCGAGUAGUACGCGGGCACAGCGAGGGACCCAGGGGCCGACGAUCGGGAUUCGACGGGAGUGCUCGCUCGGAACUCUUCAGAUCUCGAUCCGAGGAACGGACCUCGCGGAAAUUCGCCGCGACGAAGAGGCUCGAGAACGUGUACGCGCGUGUCCCUCCGCGAGUGCGUUUCACGAUAGAACGCGGUGUGUGCGUGGAACAGGAACGUCGAAGGAGAUCGAAAGGGCUGAACGAGCGUGAACGAGGAUCGACGAGAAGAAGAGGAAAAAGGAAAAUAAGGAAAGGAAAAGAAGCAAACCAGAUAGAUAGAGAGACAGAGAGAGGAGGAGAGACAAGCUACCGGCCGAGGUUGGUGCGUGUGCGUACAUGUGUUGAUGUGUCGCUGGCGUCGUCGAGCCCUGCCAGGAGUGCUCUGUCGUCGCCGCCGCGUGUGCACAAGUCGUCGAGAAUUACGGGGAGAUCCCGGAGCCGCAUCCGUUUAACUCGAAUCGUCCACGUUGCGCGUCGUCCUUCUCGUCGUACGUGUACGAGUGUGUCUCGGGUGGUGAACACCGGUGGUUAGAGUGGUGGUGGUGCGAACGGUUGCGGGUGAAUUUCGUUGAUUCGGCCAGGACCAAGAGGGAAGGGAAAGAAAACAACGCCGAGAGAAGGAAAAAGCCACGAGGACGGCGACGAGACGUCGUCGCUCGUUCCCGGUAGCAAGGUAAUAAAGAGGCCCGACGACGAUACCGAGCCGUCGAGCCAACUGCCGUCUACGACGACACUCGCCGCACGGCAAUCGCUCGCCACUACCGCAAAUCGCUCGUUCCCUCUCUCUUUCCCCUCCUCCCUCCUCCCUCCCUUCCUCCUCCCUAUCCUUCUCCUCCUCCUCCUCCUCCUUGUCCUUCUUUUCCACCUCUUUCUACUCGUUUUUCUCCUCUCUUCCUCUUCCGUCCGUCAAGGAUCCUGCCGUCCUGAGCCAUGGCGUGCUGCCUGUCGGAAGAGGCGAAGGAGCAGAAACGAAUCAAUCAGGAGAUCGAGCGGCAACUACGAAAGGACAAGCGAGAUGCCAGGCGGGAACUCAAGUUACUACUUUUGGGUACUGGUGAAUCCGGCAAAUCCACCUUCAUCAAACAGAUGAGAAUCAUCCACGGUUCCGGAUACUCGGACGACGACAAGAGGGGGUUCAUCAAACUCGUCUAUCAAAACAUUUUCAUGGCCAUGCAGUCCAUGAUCCGAGCCAUGGACCUCCUCAAGAUCCAGUACGGAGACUCUUCGAAUAUAGAAAAGGCAGAACUCGUGCGGAGCGUGGAUUUCGAAACGGUUACAACGUUCGAGAGUCCAUACGUAGAAGCAAUCAAGGAUUUGUGGGCAGACGCCGGGAUCCAAGAGUGUUACGAUCGCAGGCGAGAAUAUCAGCUCACAGAUUCCGCUAAAUAUUACUUAAUGGAGAUAGAUCGAGUCGCGGCACCAGACUACCUCCCCACAGAACAGGACAUUCUUCGCGUGAGAGUGCCCACUACCGGUAUAAUUGAAUAUCCUUUUGACUUGGAAGAGAUCCGAUUUAGGAUGGUAGAUGUUGGUGGACAGAGAUCAGAAAGAAGAAAGUGGAUUCACUGUUUCGAAAAUGUUACUUCUAUAAUCUUCUUAGUAGCCUUAAGUGAAUACGAUCAAAUUUUGUUUGAGUCGGAAAACGAGAAUCGAAUGGAAGAAAGUAAGGCACUGUUCAAAACAAUCAUCACAUAUCCUUGGUUUCAACACUCCUCUGUCAUUCUGUUCCUAAAUAAAAAAGAUCUGCUUGAAGAGAAGAUUAUGUAUUCCCAUCUUGUUGACUAUUUCCCUGAAUAUGAUGGCCCACAAAGAAAUGCCUCGACUGCUAGAGAAUUCAUUUUAAGGAUGUUUGUCGACUUGAAUCCAGACUCUGAGAAGAUCAUUUAUUCACAUUUUACGUGUGCCACAGAUACCGAAAACAUCAGAUUUGUAUUUGCAGCAGUGAAAGACACCAUUCUCCAGUCUAACUUAAAAGAGUACAAUUUGGUUUAGACGACAAUAUAUAACACUCAAGAUGGAUUUAACAAUUUUUCUUAUACCCUGACCAAGGUAUUAGUGUGGACACUGUCAAGUUACAAAUGGAGAAGAGAUGAGAUAAAGGCGGAAAGUAAACAGUAAUUUUGUGGUGCCAUCAGCGUAACGUUCGCUGCUCCAUUACAAGUGUACCAACUGAUUAGUAAAAUUUUAUGACGGAGGUAACAGCGAUGAACAAAUAUGGACCUAAAUCUGAGCGUUAUACGUUCUUUCCUAACCUUUUCACUGUCAAUACCAACAAAUUGAUUUAGUUUCGUACUCUAUUUGUUGAAUUUGUUACCUUUUUAUAGAUUAGUUUAGUCAAUCAUGCCUGGCUGACUGCGUAAUCAUCUGAUUUUUAUAUAACAAAAUACCACGAUGCAACAUAUAAAUAAACGUAUAAGAUAGAGUGCAGCCAUGCCAUACAAAUGUCUGUCCAAGUGUUUAUCUCAAAUUGAGAGAUCUCAGCAAGAAACUAAAGAUGAAGAAGGACAAACGCUUUUUAAUCACAAAGUAGUCAGUGACACAAGUGAGAGCAAUUCUAGUGCCAUUUACUAGUGUGGUGUUUUUAUUGCAAUCCUUUCUUAGAUGCAAAAGCCAAAGUGUUUUUUUAUCUGUGCCAGAAGCGAAUAAAAGUUUUUUCUGCAUGCGA